CUGCGUUAAUCACUGUUAUUCAUUAAUUUAUAACAAAGCACUAUGUAUUUGAUAAAUGAUCGUUAAUGCAAAUAAAAGUUGUAUAAUAUCAUAAUAAUCUGUGAUAUCGGAUGGACACAAAGAUAUCGAGAAGUUUUAAUUUUUGCUACAAACCAAGGUCAUGGAAAGUAGAUGUUGAUAACUUAAAGACAGAAUAUAACAGACAGACCCACAUAAUUGAUACAUCAACAGCAUCGUCAAGCUAAAAAAAGCUUCGGGAACAAAAGGAAAAGAGAGCUUUCACUACAACAAUAACUGCAUUUAAAAACUUCAACACGCUUUUUUGUGAUACAGAUAUCAUAAACGUGCACGCGACGCAAUUAAAUGUCACUGAAAAUGUCACACAAUAACCAGAGUAAAUUUAACAAUUCUGACACCGAUGAUUAUGGUUUAUACACCGACAAUAUGUCUUAUAAUUACGACUUCAGCUAUUGGGAUGAGUUCAUAUAUCCAAGCUAUGAUUUUGAGAGGGCGCUGUAUCUGUACAUUUGGGAAAUAAUGGUUAUUGUAACGUCCCUCUUUAAUUUUGUCGUUAUUUCCGUCUUCCUCCGAAGAAAAAUGCGGAAUUCUACAAGCAUAAUCUUUGCGGCAAUAGCUGUUUCUGAUUCUCUCACUGGAAUAGUGACCUUACCAACAUACAUUAUGGUGUUCCAUUCCGACCCAUUUGAGUUGAGUUACAGUAUGUAUGAUUACUUCACGAACUCGAAUGGAACAUCAACCACCAACUCAUCAUCAUAUUCACCAGAUUAUUUAACCUAUUACGCCGAUUACGCCGAUUACGUAGAAGCGCAGGAACUAGUACAUGACUUUAAUGUGACGAAAGAUUUAUGUAAUGGUUUUAUGAUAACAAAGUACUUUCUGUCGGAAUCGUUUCACACAGUUUCAAUAUUUCUGACAUUAUUUUUGGGAAUUCAAAGAUACGUGUCCGUUGCUUUCCCGUACAAGUCGAAGUUUCUAUUUGAUAUCAAGCGAGCGCUUGUCAUUUGUGUUGUUAUAUUUGUUUUGUCCCCACUGCUACAUUCGUAUCACCUGGUAAGCAACAGAGCAAAGAACAUGUAUUGCCUAUGGGAACUGCAAAGACAUGGAUGUGAAGGAGGUUGCAUUAAUUUGUGGAUAGCAUUCUUCAUACGUCACUUCCUGCCUUGUUUGACGCUUGUUGUCUUUUCCGUGCUGUUCAUUUCAAAGUUACACGUUGGAGAAGAAAGCUUGCGUAAACUGGGUAUUAAUCGGUCUCAGAUAUCUCGACGCGUUGAAGAAAAUCGCCAAAUCUCAAUCAUGGUCACGUGCAUCGUUAUUGUAUUCCUCAUACCAGAAAUACCAUACGGCGUUUUCAUACUGUGUAUCGCAAUAGACAAAACGGCCAACAACGGUAAAGGAAUUGCUUUAAAACCAAUCAGGGCGAUAUUUAUGGCCUAUCAAAUUUUACUAGUUCUUUCCUUCCAUGCAAACUUUUAUAUAUACACUGUGUUUAACAGAAGAUUCCGCAAAGUACUAUACAGAACUGUUGUCAAACCAGUGAGGCGAUUUUUUCAGUGUAAUGAUUCUGAGCAAACGCCCCACAUGGAAAUGAAACCUCUUCAAACAUUUGCUGCAAAGGUGCGACCAAGUGAAAAUGAACCCGAGCAUGAACCAUUAAAUGCUAAAGAUAAUUAAUCAUAUUUCUCCCUUUACAAGAAAUGUUACACAGAAAGAAAAAACUCUAAUACUAUUGUAUUAUAAAUCUAUCUGUAUAAAUUUUAGUUCUUUCUGAGGAUAUUUCUAGCACUUUGCAAGACUUAUGCAUUUACAAAUGAUACUUUAUCUGUGUAAUUUAUAGCAAGUUUUUACUUUAUCAAGCAUACAGAUGCGGGCUAACAUGUCCACAUUUGAAACAAAUAAAUCUUAAAGUCUAAAUCUAAGGUCCCUAAAUAUGGUCCAAGCGGCAGGGCACUCAACUGGUCCCAGUCUAAUAUUCAUAGUUGUUUUGUUGUUUACCUAUCAUAUUACCAUUUACAAGCUUUUUUCAUAUAAACCUGCUGGUUUAUAAAAUUGAUAAAUUAUAACGUCAAUGCUUUGAACUUGCAUUAAUGCAUAUCAAUAAUUGAAUAAUACAUACAAUGCAACCACACGAUAACAACCAGGCUUAACUAACCAAGAUGGACGCCGAAAUUAUUUUCAACAUUAUGAGGGCAUAAUGUAACGCUCAUUCUUGAAACAUUUAAUUUUUUCGUACCUAAAUACGAAAAUAACCGUAACGUUCAGAAUCAAAGAGAAUUAUGAAUAUGCCUAAUGUUAUCUACAAACAAAGUUUUAAACCCUUAUUAAUCACUGCGAACUUUACAGUUAAUUUUGCAAUUAAAUAAAUGAAAUGUAGACAGAUUCAUUGAAGAAAAUGGGGAAAAACUUAUUUUCCUUGUUUGAUUUAAGGAUAUUUGUCUAAGGUUAAAAUGAUACAAAACAAAAAAGUCGGAAAGAUGCUUUAGAUAAUAUAACACGCCUUAAAAUGUACUUUAUCUGUGUAUUGUAUCAUAGUUUGGAGACCUUUCUGUUGAAAAUGUGUCUGGGUUAAAUCGUAUACAUAUACAUGCACCGUGCGUUAACUGGAGUGCGGGUAUUAGUUACCCGCACUCCAGAGCAUGUCCAUUGAUUGGCUCAUUUUUGCUGGGGUUUACAUAUUGUGACGGCAGAGAAAGGGAAAGCGACAGAAAUGUCAUAUUCAGAUGUUCGUUCAUUGGUUCAUUUUUGCCGGGGUUUCAUAUUGUGACAACAGGGAACGUGCUUUUAUGUUUGACUAUGAUACAAAAGAGAAAGAACACCAAAACACUCGGCAAUCUGAUUAAUACUCGGGGGCUACGCCCCUUCGUACAAAUCAGAUAGCCUCGUGUUUCGGUGCUCUUUCUAUUACAUGUAAGGACUCUUUCCUGUUUUCAACACCUAAUUGAUGCUAUUUUUAAAAUAUAUAAGUGAUGUUAAUACCGCAGGAAAACAUGCUUUUAAAUUAACUGUUUCAAUAUUCAAGUGCAGUAGGUCACUCAUAUGACUGUAAGUUGAUUUUGCUUUAAAGGCAUUUUCAGCAAUUUGUAUUGUCACGAUUUCCGUAAUACAGAUACAUAAAUAAGUUCAUUACUGUAACAUUUAACAUUUCAUCAUGAUCAUAUGACUUUCAAGUGCAUUUUAAUUCCAUUGUUGUAUUAACAUUCAGUUACAAUUUUCGUUUUAUGUCAAAUACAAAGAGUCAUAUAGGGUGUACCUUUCCUAUUACAAUUUCCUCAGUUUACAUUAAAUGUCAAUUAGAUCUUCCUUAUUGUCUUUUGCCUUCAAUAAUCGUCGUAAUGUGUUUCAUGGAAAUUAUCGUUAUGUGCAUUUUGGGAGACAUGUAAGAUUAUUACUAAGUUAUAGUAUUGCAGAAUUUUAUUUUGCAUACAUAUGCCUAUCAUGCAAAUACGAGUGUUGCCAGUCAGUUUUCUAUACAGCAAGGACAUACAUACUUUUAUGAUUUGUCAGGCAAAUAGAUUCGUUUACAUAACAUCCGUCUUGUGGACAGUUUGAAAGUUGAUUCUUACAAUGAUGCAUCAUUACAUUUUCCAAAAAUAUGUUUGUUUUAAUUUUGCAUUCGUUGUAGGAAUAACACAAAAUGAAUGUGAACGUAGACAAUAAUAAGUGUAUAACAUUUAUAAGUUGCCUUUUAUUGGUUAAAAGAUAAAUGAUUGCAUCGACUCAAAAACUGAUCUCUACUGAUUAUAAUGAUACACUGACAAGUGCAGAAUAGAACAGAA